AAAAUGUUCAGCAUCAUUCUUCAGUGGCUGUGACCCACAGUCAAGCUCCGACCGGCCCUACAGCUCUGCACGAAUACAACUGGGCUGUUUAGUCUUACCAUAACGAUGGAGGAUUAUUUAAAGAUAGAGAAAAUUGGUGAAGGUACAUAUGGUGUGGUCUACAAGGGUAAAAACAAAGUCACCGGACAAGUUGUGGCCAUGAAGAAGAUCCGCCUGGAGAGUGAGGAUGAAGGUGUCCCCAGCACUGCUGUCAGGGAGGUGGCCCUUCUGCAGGAGCUCAAGCACCCCAAUGUGGUCAGGCUGCUGGAUGUUCUAAUGCAGGAAUCCCGUCUCUAUUUAAUCUUUGAGUUUCUGUCUAUGGAUCUAAAGAAGUACCUUGACUCUAUACCAUCCGGACAAUACAUGGACUGCAUGCUUGUGAAGAGCUACCUUUACCAGAUUCUGGAGGGAAUCUACUUUUGUCAUUGUCGACGAGUUCUUCACAGGGACCUAAAACCACAGAACCUUCUCAUUGAUAACAAGGGAGUCAUCAAAUUGGCUGACUUUGGACUGGCACGGGCUUUUGGGGUUCCUGUUAGAGUUUACACACAUGAGGUGGUGACACUAUGGUACAGGGCUCCAGAGGUUCUCCUGGGGUCUGCUCGAUACUCAACCCCUGUUGAUGUGUGGAGCACAGGCACCAUUUUUGCCGAACUUGCAACAAAGAAACCUCUCUUCCAUGGAGACUCUGAAAUAGACCAGCUCUUCAGGAUCUUUAGAACUUUGGGGACCCCCAGCAAUGAAGUGUGGCCAGAAGUGGAGAGUCUACCUGAUUAUAAGAACACAUUUCCCAAAUGGAAACCAGGCAGUCUGGCAUCAAUGGUGAAAAACCUGGAUAAGAAUGGUUUAGACCUGCUCUCAAAAAUGCUGAUCUAUAACCCCCCAAAGAGGAUUUCUGCUCGGGAAGCCAUGACACACCCAUAUUUUGAUGACUUGGACAAAUCCACUCUACCUGCUGCCAGUAUCAACAAAAUGUAAAUACUUAAUACUGACAUUGCAUCUUAUUUCACUGUGCAAUUUAAUAUUGUAAAUACGUGUGUUUAACAUUUAACUUGUCUUUAAUAAAAAUGACACAUUGUGA